GGGCCGCGGCGGGGGACCGACAGGGCCUCGGCUGGGAGGACCGGAGGCGGCCGAGGCCCGGGCCGGUUCCCCCGAGGCGGCGGCGGCGGCGACUCCCGGCACUUCCCCCGCGCCAUCUUAACUGAGCCCGAGCGUUCAGGGCGCCUCCUCGACCCCGGGCGUCCCCUCGUCCCCCCCCUCCCUCCCCCCGGCCCCUUGUCGUAGAGCUCGGGCUGGGUGGCUGGGGGGGGGGCGGCGGUCCGUCGCCGGGCCCCCUCCUCCUCACUCCUCGCUCCCCAGCGCUGCGGCCACCGGAGCGCUCCAGGGGUCUGCGCCCGUCUGCUCUGCCCCAGACCUGCCGGCGAAGGGGUUUCUGAACUUGUUCAUGGCUGGAUUUUUAAAAAAUAUAUUCAAGAUUUCCUGUUAUGAAAUGGUUUUGUCGAUCUGGCUGGCCCGGAGCUAACUUUGUAGACCAGGCUAUCUCAAACCACAGAGUUCUGCCUGACUGUACUUCCUGAGUGCCAGCAUCAAAGUUUAUGCCAGCGUGGCUUCAUUCAUACAGAUGAACCAAGCAUUGGGAUAGCAGUAUAAAAUUAGAAUCAGACAGCUGACUGCUCAGCAGGAUGCCAUCAACUAACAGAGCAGGCAGUCUAAAGGACCCUGAAAUUGCAGAGCUCUUCUUCAAAGAAGAUCCGGAAAAGCUCUUCACAGAUCUCAGAGAAAUCGGCCAUGGGAGCUUUGGAGCAGUUUAUUUUGCACGAGAUGUGCGUACUAAUGAAGUGGUGGCCAUCAAGAAAAUGUCUUAUAGUGGAAAGCAGUCUACUGAGAAAUGGCAGGAUAUUAUUAAGGAAGUCAAGUUUCUACAAAGAAUAAAACAUCCCAACAGUAUAGAAUACAAAGGCUGCUAUUUACGUGAACACACAGCAUGGCUUGUAAUGGAAUAUUGUUUAGGGUCUGCUUCAGAUUUACUAGAAGUUCAUAAAAAGCCAUUACAAGAAGUGGAAAUAGCAGCAAUUACACAUGGUGCUCUCCAGGGAUUAGCUUAUUUACAUUCUCAUACCAUGAUCCAUAGAGAUAUCAAAGCAGGAAAUAUCCUUCUGACAGAACCAGGCCAAGUGAAACUUGCUGACUUUGGAUCUGCUUCCAUGGCCUCCCCUGCCAAUUCUUUUGUGGGAACACCAUAUUGGAUGGCCCCCGAAGUAAUUUUAGCCAUGGAUGAAGGACAGUAUGAUGGCAAAGUUGAUGUAUGGUCUCUUGGAAUAACAUGUAUUGAAUUAGCUGAGAGGAAGCCUCCUUUAUUUAAUAUGAAUGCAAUGAGUGCCUUAUAUCACAUAGCCCAAAAUGAAUCCCCUACACUACAAUCUAAUGAAUGGUCUGAUUAUUUUCGAAACUUUGUAGAUUCUUGCCUCCAGAAAAUCCCUCAAGAUCGCCCUACAUCAGAGGAACUUUUAAAGCACAUGUUUGUUCUUCGAGAGCGCCCUGAAACAGUGUUAAUAGAUCUUAUUCAGAGGACAAAGGAUGCAGUAAGAGAGCUGGACAAUCUGCAGUAUCGGAAGAUGAAGAAACUCCUUUUCCAGGAGGCACACAAUGGACCAGCGGUAGAAGCACAGGAAGAAGAGGAGGAGCAAGAUCAUGGUGUUGGUCGGACAGGAACAGUGAAUAGUGUUGGAAGCAAUCAGUCUAUCCCCAGUAUGUCUAUCAGUGCCAGCAGCCAAAGCAGCAGUGUUAAUAGUCUUCCAGAUGCAUCGGAUGACAAGAGUGAGCUAGACAUGAUGGAGGGAGACCAUACAGUGAUGUCUAACAGUUCUGUCAUCCACUUAAAACCUGAGGAAGAAAAUUACCAAGAAGAAGGAGAUCCUAGAACAAGAGCAUCAGAUCCACAGUCUCCACCUCAAGUGUCUCGGCACAAAUCACACUAUCGUAAUAGAGAACACUUUGCAACUAUACGAACAGCAUCACUGGUUACAAGACAGAUGCAAGAACAUGAGCAGGACUCUGAACUUAGAGAACAGAUGUCUGGUUACAAGAGGAUGAGGCGACAGCAUCAAAAGCAGCUGAUGACUCUGGAAAAUAAACUGAAGGCAGAGAUGGAUGAACACCGGCUCAGAUUAGACAAAGAUCUUGAAACUCAACGUAAUAAUUUUGCUGCAGAAAUGGAGAAACUUAUUAAGAAACACCAAGCUGCUAUGGAAAAAGAGGUAACCAAUUCAAGAGAAUAUAAACUUCGAAAAGAACAACUUAAGGAGGAGCUGAAUGAAAAUCAGAGCACACCUAAAAAAGAAAAGCAGGAAUGGCUUUCAAAGCAGAAGGAGAAUAUACAACAUUUUCAGGCAGAAGAAGAAGCUAAUCUUCUUCGACGUCAAAGGCAGUAUCUAGAGCUAGAGUGUCGUCGCUUCAAAAGAAGAAUGUUACUUGGGCGACACAACUUGGAACAGGACCUUGUCAGGGAGGAGUUAAACAAAAGGCAAACUCAAAAGGACUUGGAACAUGCAAUGCUAUUGCGACAGCAUGAAUCCAUGCAAGAACUGGAGUUUCGUCACCUCAACACUAUUCAGAAGAUGCGCUGUGAGUUGAUCAGACUGCAGCAUCAAACUGAGCUCACUAACCAGCUGGAAUACAAUAAGAGAAGGGAACGGGAGCUAAGGCGAAAACAUGUCAUGGAAGUUCGACAACAACCUAAGAGUUUGAAGUCUAAAGAACUCCAAAUAAAAAAGCAGUUCCAGGAUACCUGCAAAAUUCAAACCAGACAGUACAAAGCAUUAAGGAAUCACCUACUGGAGACUACACCAAAGAGUGAGCACAAAGCUGUUCUGAAAAGACUCAAGGAGGAACAGACUCGGAAGUUAGCCAUCUUGGCUGAGCAGUAUGAUCAUAGCAUUAAUGAAAUGCUCUCCACACAAGCUCUGCGUUUGGAUGAAGCACAGGAAGCAGAAUGCCAGGUUUUGAAGAUGCAGCUGCAGCAGGAACUGGAGCUGUUGAAUGCAUAUCAGAGCAAAAUCAAGAUGCAGGCUGAGGCCCAACAUGAUCGAGAGCUUCGAGAGCUGGAACAGAGGGUCUCCCUUCGCAGAGCACUCUUAGAACAAAAGAUUGAAGAAGAGAUGUUGGCUUUGCAGAAUGAACGCACAGAACGAAUACGUAGCCUGCUCGAGCGUCAAGCCAGAGAAAUUGAAGCAUUUGACUCUGAAAGCAUGAGAUUAGGUUUUAGUAACAUGGUCCUCUCUAAUCUCUCCCCUGAGGCAUUCAGCCACAGCUACCCAGGAGCUUCUAGUUGGUCUCACAAUCCUACUGGGGGUCCAGGACCUCACUGGGGUCAUCCCAUGGGUGGCACACCACAAGCUUGGGGUCAUCCGAUGCAAGGUGGACCCCAACCAUGGGGUCAUCCCUCAGGGCCAAUGCAAGGGGUACCUCGAGGUAGCAGUAUGGGAGUCCGCAAUAGCCCCCAGGCUCUGAGGCGGACAGCUUCUGGGGGACGGACGGAACAGGGCAUGAGCAGAAGCACGAGUGUCACUUCACAAAUAUCCAAUGGGUCACACAUGUCUUAUACAUAAUAAUUGAAAGUGGCAAUUCCGCUGGAGCUGUCUGCCAAAAGAAACUGCCUACAGACAUCAUCACAACAGCCUCCUCACUUGGGUACUACCAUGUGGAAGCUGUGCAUAUGGUAUAUUUUAUUGGUCUUUGUAAAGCGUUACGUUUUGUGUUUACUAAUUGGGAUGUCAUAGUAUUUGGCUGCCAGGGUUUUUGUGGUUGGCUUUUUGUUUUUGUUUUUAAUUUUUGGAAAAAUUUUAAAGUGGAAAUAUGGGUAUGUAUGUGGAAAAAAAUUGGCUUAAUUAGAAGGGUAUUAUCUGAGCAAUAUAAAAAUAAAAUGAAGCAAACUAAUCUGAAUCAUCACUUUAGGGUAUCCAUAGCCUAAAAAGCUUAUUGGAAGAUCGAAAGCCUUCCUUUAUAUUCCAGAUUCUUUGAGUCACUGACAGCAGGCAGCAUCCAUGCUGAAACACACUCUUACUGAAAUAUACCUCCACUCCUCACCAGUGUGUUUUCUUUAUUUAUGAAUUGAUCUGAUUUCUCAACCUCAUUUGGACUAAAAAACAGAAGACCAUGAACAUUGAAAGAUUGCAUUUACCUUUUCAGUGGUAGAAAAUCAUUUAGUUUUUUUUGUUUUUGUUUUUGCUAUAAGUGCUUCAGAAAUUUGUCAGAUUUUGUAGGUUGUAUCAUCAUAAGAUGGAGUUGCUUAAGGAGAUCAUAAGCUGUGUGGCUAUUGCACUAACAAACCUGUGAGCUUUCAAAGAGAAAAACUAGAAGACCAGAGGGGCCCCUGAAAGUUCCUGUGAUAGGAUGUUCAGCAGGGAGAAGGAGGUAAAGCCUGUAUAGCCUGACAUUUUGUUUCUUGUACAGUAUCUCAGCUGACCCAAACUGACUCCAAACAGUACCUUUGCUUUGUUUGUACAAAAAUGAAGACAAAUAGCCAACACAAAGCAAAUGCCAGAGGUAUUGAAUGAUGCCAUAUUUGUGAACUGCCAUCUAUUAGAAUAUUCACCACACUACAUAGACAUAAUUUUAUUAUCCCCUUUUUAGCUUAUGGGAUUUCCUGUUUACAAGUAGCAAUAGUCAAUUAUUUAAAUACUUAGUUGCCACCAGGAGUCACUGAGCCAAUGACUACCAGCUGCUGACUAAUCUUCACACUGUAGUUGUUGCUUCAUUUGCAGGUCCUCUGUGCUUAGUCACUGUUUUUGUUGCUGUAGUACCUUACAAAUUCUUAAUUCAUUGAGACUUAGUGACCAUCUGGAUCCAUGUUAAUAUCAUAUAAUAGCAAAUUCCCUUUCAGAAGUCUCUAGUGCUAAAAUACUACUGAGAAAGAAACUAGGCAGUUUGGUGAAUGAAAGAAGACAAAAAUUGAAGAUAAUUAUGUAGUGGUCAGGGACCACUAACAUUUGGGGAGUGUGUUUUGUCUGUUCUUCAAUGAAGGAUCAAUCCAGUGUUCUUCAUCAAUGUUAGUUAAUAUCCCAUGGUUUGUGUGGAGUUUGAGUUGGUGGUAGAGUAGGGACAAUGCCCUCUUUAGUGAGAGAUCAGAGGCUUUAUUUUUUUUUAUAAGUUUUUGUCCUGCUCCCCUUUCUGUCGUCUUGAACAGCUCUUGCUACUAACUCUGGGUCCUGCUUUUCGUUUAGUAGAUGAUAAGCAUUCUUUUAAUCAUUAGAACAAAGUAGUGACCAAAUUAUCAUCUGCUACUAUGGAAGUUCUUGGUUUUCUAAACCACAUUUUAUAUCUUGUCCAGGUAUGUCAGUCUAGUCUCCAUGACUUAACCCCCUUCAGAAGUUUCUGACAUUAGUUUGAGGAUUUCUGACAUUAAUUAAAAGAAAAAUUAGAUCAGGGUUUGGUAGUAAAUGCCUAUAAUCCCAGCAUUUAGGAGGCAGCGAUAGGAAUCUCAGGUUCAAGGCUGCCUUCAAGUGUCUCAAAAAAGGAAGAACAAAAGAAAGGUAGAAGCUAUAGUAUAGUUCCUUUGAAAAUCCAGUAGAAGGUUAAUAGUAUUCACAUACACUUCUAGGCAGGAUUUUAAACAUAUUCCCCAUCCAUUUUUAGGUAAACAUAUUCUUGGUAUAGUUAAUGAAAAGAGCUUUUCUUUUAAUUUUUUUUUUCAUUCAAAAUACCAUUUUAAAGAGUUUCAAACAAAUUGAAAAUUAUGUUUGGAGGAAAUAAGGGAAAGCUUUAGAGUUUAAUAGGCUGUUCAAAACUAUAAAAGAAUAUCAUCUUUAAAAACCAUUCUGGAAACUAUCUGCUACCAGAAGGUUAGAUUGAGAAAGCAGAUCAGAUGUAUGCAAGACAAUUCUUCACGUUCCAAACUACUACCAGAGACACAUUGCAUUGCUCAUUGUGAGCACCACGUGGUCAAAUUUAGUUACUGAGUCCAUUUUGACCAUAAUGCACUCAUACUAGUGUAAUAGUCAUACUAGUAUACCGACUAUAUGUCCUGUCCAGUAAGGAUUUCUGCCUCAUCUAAUUGUGUGGCACCCAGUUUUUCCAUGUAGGACAUUAUACCUGGAUUAUACCAUCAAUUUAGUUAAAAUGCAUCUAGUUUGCACAAUGAUUAAAAUGAGUAAGUUCGUGUUUAUAACCUAUAAUAACUCUAGUGGAAUCAUGUACACGGCAGGAAUUGUCACAGUAAAAACUGGUAGCAGGAAAAUUAGAAAGGGUUUGAAAUGCCCUGAAAUCGGGGCAAGUACUUCAUGGGAAAAAAAAGCGAAAAUGUCAGCAUUUGACCAAAUUAACACUACCUCCUCCCCAGUUGUUGGUGUACACUCAUUAUAUGUGUGUUUAAGAUGAGAGCAGGGAGAGCUUGUGUAGCACACCAGAGGUUGUAGAUCUAUAUCUGGUAUCCAGAACCUGACAGGGAAAUGUUUCUUGGUCUCCCUUUUUUUGGGUCAGCAUUUUAAAAAUGCAAAUCCUCAUAUGUUGAGACAUUUUAUUCCUAAUUAGAUUCCCUGCCCUUUGCACAUAACUUUUCUUUUAAACUUAGUUCUAACCCUAAAUUUUGACAUCAGAAAGUGUUUGCACUGUAUAAACAAUGUUAGCUGAAAGCAUGUUUAUUUUUAAAAGAGCUUCUGCUCUUCUGCACAUUUCCAUAUCUAGAGAUGAAUAGUCCUGAAUUUGAAGUCACACCCACAGGUGAAACACAGCCUGAAGUCAAGGCCUUGCUAGUAAAUGGAGCUUUGUACAUAGUCAUUAUGAUUUUUUGGCUGCCUGGACAUCAAGUAAACAUAACACUAAAGAAACUGUCCUGGAGAUCCCAUCCUGCUACUAAAAAUUUUUCUGUACAUCCUUUUCAAAAAUUGAAACUUUUUCAGAUCAUAAGGCAGAAUUUAGUUAUUUUGUGCUUCUGUGAAUGUCUAGCAUUUUAAACAUAGAAUAACAUUGUUUUGGACACUGGAAUAAUAUGAUUUAUUUUCACCUGUAAAAAUGACUUCAUUGUACUUGAACACCUUUGCAUUUCUCCAUUUGUGCCAUUUACAAGUGGAAAUAAAUUUUAUUAUACCAUGAUCUACUGGUGUUUUAAAACUGUUAAAUGUGCACAUUUUGGGUAUAGUUAUUUUCAUUUGUAUGUAUAUAUUGUAUAUACAUAUGAGUGUCUAUAUGUGUGUAUAGAUGGAUUGGUAUAACUCAUUCUAAACAUGUCUGCCAGGGCUCAAGUUUUAUUGUUCCCGCCCCCACCCCUACCCGAUGUUACAGCAAGACUGUGGUUUUAAAGAGUGAAUACUCUGGGUUGAUACUUAUGAGAAGAUGAUGAGUAAAUGCAGUCUUUUUCCCCCUUAGCACUUGUAUGGGUGAGGAGAAAGUUAGGUAAAGUAUGAAACUAUAAAUUACAGUGCAGUAAUUUAUAGGGGAAGAGCCAGUUACUGUUUUCAGUUUGUUUUACAAUGCAAUAAAAGAUACAAGCUGCAGAGAAAAAUGAACUCUGCAAAGAACACUGUAGUAAUUGUUCUGCAAAGAUUAAGAGAGCCACUGAGUCACAGUCUUAACUAGACUUUUUGUGUUUCUUAGUAUUGGUGCCGUGGUUCUCAUUUACUCUUAUACUAAUACUCAUGUUUCUUGCUGAGGAUCAAAACUGCCAAGAAAGGAAUUACGACUAAAACAUAUCUAAGGUUCCUAAACUGUAAAAUGAGCAGAUGAUCACUGGGAAAGAAAGCAUACUGGUUUGAAGGGAGGGCUGUCUCCUUUUAACUUACCUUGUUGAUAGUAGUAAGUUCCUUAUGCACCUUCUACUCCUGAGCCACUACUGUCCAAGCAGAGAUUUGGUCUAAAACAACAUGCCUUUCUUACUUUUGCUUCUUUUCUUUUGAGACAUGUGUCCUUUCUGAUUAGAUAAUUGAUGUUUAGCCAAGGCUGGCCUCAAAUUCCUAGCAAUCUUUCUGUAAGCCUCAAGUACUGGGAUUACAGGCAUGAACCACCAUGCCUAUAGCCAAGCAAUCCAUUCUUUUGGAGGUUUUAUAGUUCUCCAUUUGUCUCAUGUUCAGAAUGUGAAGUGUCCUAAUGUGUAUUAAAGUCAGAAAAUAAUAUAUUUAAGGUAUACUAAAUAUGAAUCUGCUAUGAUGAAAGAAAUUCUCACUUCUCAAAUAGUCUUCUCAAGGAGCAUUGGGCUGUCAUCUUGGAGCUGCUUAUCAAAAAUACAGAUCAUUAUUGAAUAUAAACAAAUUCUGUUUACUUUAUCCCUAAUAACAGAAGUCUCCCUUCUAUGGUUUUAGCAUUGCCUUUUUAAAAAGGCACUCACCCUGAGUUGUUAAGAACUGGAAAUUUCCCACCCUCAGAUUCCUUAAAGGAUGAAGAGUGUGCUGUACAUUCAGCGUAUGUGCCUCUUGUAUGCAAGGACUACUGAUUGAAGUCUGUUUUGCUGUGUCUGGUUAUGUUGUCUGCACUUUUAUGAAAUCACUACAGUAGAUCUACGUUGGAAAUAACUUAAUUUGUAAAGAAAUUUUUUUAUUAAACACUGUAGAAAAAAGUGAA